AUCGAAUUCAAUCCGCGACGUGACAAUUAAUUUAAACGGGAAAACUAAAUUGGCCCGAUAUAUAUCGUGUCCCUCUAUUAACAAAUAUACUCACACCCAUAACAGCGAAGUAAUAAACUCCAAAUACUAAGUAAACUCAUAAUUCCCAAAAGCUGUUCUGUUGUAAUCUAACCAAUUCACAGUGAAAUCCGAUUGCACUCAUAGCAGCUGGUGUUAGCCUUUGUAGUGCAGCAAGGCAAAUUAAUUUUCCGCUUUUUAAAGUUAACAGAUAUCAUAAUACACACCCAGCAAAUAUAGUACAGGUACUUUUAUCGGUUUAUAUCUGUGCACACAAUGAGCCACAAUGAAGACCACAGCUCAAGCCCCGAGAGAACAAACGACUCCGAGGCGACUGCUGCUGGCAAUCCACGCCAACAGCUGGAAACCUAUCGCGUUUAUGUGGUUACCUGGAAUGUAGGCAGUCGCUUUCCGGACAACAUAUCACUGCGCCACCUGCUCGGCUUGCAUGAUGCAAACGAUGCUGCGGAAGAGCACUUGCCGGACAUUUAUGCCAUUGGACUGCAAGAGGUAAAUGCCCAGCCGCAGCAACAAGUCUUAAGCUUGUUUAAGGAGGAUCCGUGGACGCACAAGGCAAAAGAGCUUCUGCGCAGCUACAACUAUGUAUCCGUGAAGUCAGAACAAAUGCAGGGCCUGCUUCUAACCAUGUUUGUGCGUCGCCCACACGUAGAGCACCUCAAUGACAUCGAGUCAGAGUUCACGCGUACCGGCUUUGGCGGUAUUUGGGGUAACAAGGGUGCGGUGAGUGUUCGUUUCACAAUGUAUGGCUGUGGACUGGCCUUCGUGGUGGCCCACUUGGCUGCGCAUGACCAUCAGCUAGAUGAACGGAUCGAUGACUACAAACAAAUACUGGAGAACCAUCAUUAUCACGUGAAACACUAUCGUGAGAUCUACGACCACGAUUAUGUCUUUUGGUUUGGUGAUCUCAACUUUCGUCUGCAGGGCAACGACUCCUCCACAGAGGUCAGGGAGGCGUUGCGCAAUGAAAGCCAGUACGUGACUCUUAUAAAGCGGGAUCAGCUGUUACAUGUUCGGGAACACACACAGCAGGCUUUCCAAGUAAUGCACGAACGAAUGCCUGCAUUUCCACCCACGUUUAAGUUUAAGGAGGGCACCUCCGAGUACGAUUUAAAGCGUCGUCCGGCCUGGACGGAUCGCAUCAUGUACGCCGUGCAGCCGUCAAACCGUCAACGUGGGAUGCAGCUGGCCAUCGAACAGUCCUCGUACAAAUCCCACCCAGUCUACACCAUCAGCGACCACAAGCCGGUCACAAGUGAAUUUACAAUUAAGCUGUAUCCAAAUGUUCGGGCCCCAGGUGUGAGUUUCUCCACUAUUUCGCUAUGGCGCAUUGGUGACGAGAACACCGUGGAGUACCGCAAGCAGGUGGAGUUCGAUGAAGGUCCCCAUGACUGGAUAGGCAUAUACCCCAUUGACUAUGCUAGCUUGGCGCACUAUUCUGCUUAUGAGUACGUCAACCAGGCCGAGUCCCCCACCUCAUCGGACUCGAACAAUGAGCGCGAUUACUUCGAUACGCCUGCCCGGCAUCGGCGUGGCCGCCACCAUCACCGGAAUCGCCAGCGUCUGCGCCGCCAACAGGAGACCGACGGAGAGCAAGUUCGCAUCGACUUUGCUGACGACGUGGAGCUACGGCAUGGUGAGCAGUACGUGCUCAUCUACUUUCGCAGCACAGGGUUGCGGGGUGUGACCAGCCUGUCAGGGAUCAGCAGCGCGUUUGUGGCUGAGAAACAAAGCGGUUCGCCUUAUCGAACCGAGUACAAUGUUGACUAGCUAGCCGAGGCGCUGGACGUCAGUAUAAUUUAGUCCAAUAGCAACCUGCAUUUGUUUUUCCCCAUCAACUGUAUCCAUUACUGUUAUUAUUGACAUUUUUUGAUUGCGUUUAGUUGGUUGCCUAUUAAUAUACAUAUGUAUGUAUGUACAUAUUUUUCAUUUUUAAUACAUAUAAUAUAUAUGUAGAUGCAUUUAGUUAUACACAUAUAUAUAUGUACAUAUUUUGUUAUAGAAUUAUACUAAACUCAACAAAUAAUGUCCGUGUACUCUCAUCUUGGCCCUGUGUGAAUUACGCUAUUUAUAUUGCAGUGUCACGGAAAUCGAGAAAUUCAACCGGUUUGUCAAUUUCGUAGCGGAUAAUUAUGGGUACUGGCAACUGGCAAGUAUGUGCUGCUAUGACUCAUCCCACUAUGUGCUACAAAGCAUGCAAUGUGAUAAGACCCCAGUUGACCCCAGUUUUUACUCAUACAAAAUAUAAAUAGAUCCGUUAAUUAAUACUAAGUAUCGUUAACAUGUCGUGUUAAAAAAAAAGGGGGCAUAAUUCACACAAAAUUCUUUGCGGGUAAAGAAAUAAUUCCAGUGUAGUCUUUGUCUUUUCUAUGGAUAGGUGAAUACAUAAAAAUGCAUGGAAAGACAUUUGUAUGUGUAUUUAUCUUAGUAUUCAUUCCCUAACUGUCUUUUUAAAUAAUAUACCUAUUUACAGCAAUAAAUACAUAUUGCAAUGAAAA